AUGCAGCGACGUGGUGGAGGCACCCGCAAGGAGCGGCUACUGCGCGCCAAGAUGAAGAAAAAAAUGCAAGAUACGGACACGUCACCUACUGGCAACACGUUUGAGGACAUUCUCCACAUGUCAGAUCUAUCAGAGCAAUCAUUGCUUGAAAACUUACGCAAGCGCUACGAACAUGAUCUCAUUUACACAUAUGUUGGACCUAUUGUCAUUGCAAUUAACCCAUAUAAGCAGUUAGACGUCUACAGUGAGCGUCAUAUGACGGAAUAUUAUGGCAAAGCCAUGGGCUCAUUACCCCCGCAUGUCUUUGCAUUAGCGGAUCAUGCAUAUACACAGCUCAUCCAAGGCGGUGCACUAGAUCCAGCUAAUCAGAGUAUCAUUAUUAGUGGAGAGAGUGGCUCAGGCAAGACAGAAACGACCAAGAUCAUCAUGCAAUACUUGGCUCGUGCUACAAGCUACCGGAAAGGACCUGAGGGUGAAAAUGCAGCCCCUGUACCUCUAGACGGCAUGGCAAGUGCAUUAGGGAAGCUUGAAGAGCGAGUUUUGGAGAGCAAUCCACUACUUGAAUCAUUUGGGAAUGCUAAGACCUUGCGGAAUGAUAAUUCUAGUCGAUUUGGAAAAUUUAUUGAGAUUCAAUUUAACCAUCACGGAAAAAUUGUAGGUGCUCAAAUUCUGAAUUUUCUACUUGAGAAGACACGAAUUGUAUCACAAAGUUUAGGGGAACGCAAUUAUCACAUUUUCUACCAAUUACUUGCGGGUGCGGACAAGACAUUACGAGAACGUCUUCAAUUACAGACUCCGCAUGAAUAUGAUUAUUUACGCAAGAGUGAAUGUUUUCACAUUCAUUCGUGUGAUGAUGUUCAAGAAUUUGCCGUGACGAAACGUUGCUUAGAGACGAUUGGAAUUACGGCAAAGCGUCAAGAGCGAGUGUUUGAACUCUUGGCUGCAGUCUUGCACCUUGGCAACUUGCAGUUUGCGAUGGAAAAUGAUACAUGCGUAACAGUUGAAGAUGACUCGGUUGAUCGAAUGAAACUUGUGGCAUUGCUGCUUCAAGUAAGUGAAGACGCCUUAUCGAAGGCCCUUGUGACGCGUCAACUUUACGUCGGUGGCAAGGUGAUUGUCCAACAGCAAAAUUUCGAGCAAGUACGUGACAAACGUGACGCAUUGGCUAAAGGAAUUUACUCUUCGCUUUUUUUAUGGCUUGUGUCUGAGCUUAAUCGUACGAUUUCACGGACGCAAGACAAGUGGGGAUUUAUUGGAGUGUUGGACAUUUAUGGCUUUGAAAAGUUUGAGUGGAACACUUUUGAGCAGUUAUGUAUUAAUUAUGCUAAUGAAAAGCUCCAGCGACAUUUUAAUCAGCAUAUGUUAGAGGUGGAACAAAAUGAUUACGCAAAAGAAGGAAUUGACUGGAAACACAUUGACUUUGAUGACAAUCAAGAAUGUUUAGAUCUUAUUGAAAGUAAAGUGAAUGGGAAACCAGGAAUUUUUAUCUCGCUGGAUGAUAAUUGGCGAUUGAAAGGCGAGGAAGCAAAUAAAAAGUUUGUAUCGAAUUUACACAAUUCGUUUGGGCGCGCUACGAGCGGUCAAGCGACGAGUAAGAACAAGUUUUAUGUGCAUCCAAAGAUGGAUGCGGACUUGCAUUUUGGAAUUAAGCAUUAUGCUGGUGAAGUCAUUUACGAUGCUAGUGGGUUUAAUGAUAAGAACAAUGAGAUGAUGAAUGACGACAUGAAAGAGCUCAUCCGGCAAUCUAAGAGCGACUGGCUACGUGAAAUCUUUGAUUUAAACAUGCGAUCGAUCGAGGCUAUUCCAGGUAACAAGCAAGUGCAGCACACGAUUUCGCGUCGUCCAACAGAGGUUAAAAAGAAUGCACUUGGCAAUAAAUCGCGCAACAUUCGAGAAGUCUCGGUCAGUGCACAAUUUCGAUACCAACUGCAGGAAUUAAUGAACAAAAUUUCGUUGGCGAAUCCUCGCUAUGUGCGCUGUAUCAAGCCAAAUGAGGUUAAGCGUCCGAGUGAGCUGAAUGAUGCUGACUGUGCGCGCCAAUUAAAGUACUCUGGAAUGAUGGAAGCAAUUCAAAUUCGUCAGCGAGGUUUUGCUAUGAGGGAAGAUCACGACGUAUUCUUUUACGAUUAUCAGUCCUUAGCACCGGAUGCAGAAAAUAUUAAGGAGCUGGUUCUGGAAAUUUCGUCUAUCUUAGGAGCUGGCAAGGAAGAGUGGCAACUGGGAAAGACCAAAGUUUUUCUAAAAAGAGAUAUGGCAUUCAAGCUACGGAGGCUCGAAAUGUUACGUGGCAAAUCAGCCGCACGUACUAUACAAAAAUGGGUGCGCAACAUGGCGAGAAUAGAAGCAGUGGUGAAGAUUCAAACGAAAGUCCGGCAAUGUAUGGCUAAGAAAAAACUUAAGCGAUUACGUCAAUGCGCGUACCGUGUCAUGUAUAUUCUACGCAUGCGUGUGGCCAUGGCUAAGUAUCAGCGAAUGCGAGCAGAGCAUCGUAUCCACAACGAAAAGGCGGUCAUUGUUCAGAAAAUUACGCGAGGAUAUUUAAUACGUAAACGUGACUUGUUGCACCCUUGUGACGAACUGGGUCCAAAAGAACUGGAUGUCAAAAUUACUGAAAUAGAAAAAGCUAUUGAAGAUGCGGCAAUGAGCAAACAAUUCGAGUUGUGCGCAAAUUUGCAGCUUGAGCUAGAAAAGUUAGUUGAGGCUCGUAAGAAGGUGCGUACUGCCAAAGAAAUUGAUGCUGAAAUCAAGAAGCUGAAUGAAGAUAUGGAGGCGGCGGCAGUAAGCAAGCAGUUCGGCCGAUGUGCUGAGAUUCAAAAGCAGCUUGAAGUGCUCGAUGAAGCCCGCAAACAUGUUAAGGAGGACCUGAAUGAUUUAGAACCUGCAGAGUUGGAUGAACGUAUUCAGGCGAUGGAAAUCACAAUUGCUGAGGCAAUGGCUGCUCGGGAUUUCAGCAAGUGUGGAGACCUUCAGGCUAAUUUAGAUGCGCUCGUGUCUGCACGCAAAAAGAAGCAGACACCGGCGGAAUUGGAUGCGGAAAUUGACAAGCUGAACGAGGAGCUGGACUCUUUGAUGAAGAAAAAGAAGUUUGACAAGUGUGCACAGCUUCAAAGUGAUAUUGACAUAUUGAAGAGGAAGCGCGCAAGGUUUCCUGCUUCUGUUAAUUCUCCAACCUCUCCGAAAAAGGUCGAAGUGCCCGCAGAGCCGGUGCCCCCACCUUCUCCGAAAAAAAAAGCGUCACCUCCUAUAGAGCUUGAGCCAGUGCCUGCUACUCCUACACCCCCAUCGAAUGUGGAUAGGAGUGGUAUACUCUUGAAAAGCGAGCCUGCUGUUCUAGCGCCAAAUUCUUCUCCUGCGGCGCUACCCGGGAACAAACGUCCUGUUCCCGAGGUUUCUGCGCCAAUCCUGGCACCAACUCCUGAGAUUUCUGUGCCAAACCCGGUGCCAGCUCCUGUCUCAGUCUCCGCGCCAGCUCCGUUGGCUGCUAUGUCAGUCUCCACGCCAGCUCCGUUGGCUACUGUGUCAGUCUCCACGCCAGCUCCGUUGGCUGCUGUGUCAGUCUCCACGCCAGCUCCGUUGGCUGCUGUGUCAGUUUCCAUGCCAGCUUCAGUAAUUCCAGAGUUAGCUCCAAUACCAGCUCUGGUGGCUCCACCAGUAAUUUUGCCGCCAGUACAGCCGUCAGGAAACGCUUCUUCCCGCUCUCCUCCGACAACUGACUACAGUCCCACCCAAGAGAUUUCUGUCGCCCCAAAUCAGACACCCAGGCGCCCUCCCACAAUUUAUAAUGGUCCCAUCCCAACUAUACGACGCAAUGAGUCGCAUACGAUGACUCCGAUUAUACCUCCAAUCAAGCCUUCGACUUUUGAGCGUCGUGCACGUUCCAAUUCAAACAGUUCGACCACUUCUGGUCAAUCGUUUGCAAAGUCGCACUCGUCCAUGAUGUCGACAUCUUCAAAGACCAGGAAAUCAGCAGCAUCGACAGCUGAUCCAUCCCGUACAGUGGCGCGCCUUCGCCCAGCUAAGCCCAUUACAGUGAACGAAGAGUCGAGCGUCUUGGAGGCCGCGCGAUUGAUGAAGUCGCAUCGUGCGUCUGCUGUUUUAGUGACUAACUAUGAAGGAGCAUUGAGUGGUAUAUUUUCUGAUACGGACGUUGCUCGCCGUGUCAUUUCAAAGAAUUUAGACCCCGCUCGAAUCACAAUUGGAUCUGUAAUGACUCCGAAGCCCAGCUGUGUAAGUCUUGACGAUAGUGCAGUGGAUGCCAUGGACAUGAUGCUGAGUGGUAAGUUUCGUCAUUUACCAGUCGUGAGUGCUCAAAACGGCAACAUUGUUGGCAUGUUAAAUGUCGCCAAGUGUUUACACGAUGCCAUUCGUCGAGUUGAAAAUUUGUCGACAGCAUUGCAGCAAGAAUUAGGCGCGAAGAGCGACAAUGCGAUGCUUCGGGGGAUGUUAGAGAAAAUGCUGUCCCCUACGUUGCUUGACGUUGUAUCAAAGCCCACAGAAGUGAUGCCGCCGCUCGUGUACGGUAACAUGACAGUUUAUGAAGCCACGACAUACAUGGCAGAAACAAAGCGACCGGCGCUUGUCGUGUCCUCAAACCCGGAAUCACAGGAUCUGAUUGGCAUCUUCACCCCGAAAGACGUACUACAUCGUGUUGUAGCCGAAGCGCUUGACGUCAAUAUGACAUGUGUCAGUGACGUCAUGACACCCAAUCCAGAGUAUGCAGUCCCAGAAACAUCCGUGCUAGAUGCAUUCCAUAUCAUGCACGACGGCAAAUUCCUAAAUUUACCUGUCGUAGCCUCUGACUCUGGAGAGAUCUUGGGCGUAGCUGAUGUGCUGUCCAUCAGUUUGGCUUCGUUUGGCGAAUCGCGCGAGAUAGGAAAUCUAUUUAACGCUGCCCUCGAUUAUCACGAUGACGAGACAAAUUCGAUGGUGUCAGGUAGAUCGACGUCAACCAUGUCGGUUGCUAGCAAAGUGCGGCAACAAAAGGACCGCGAUAAAGGCGUCAAUGUUCGUCCCGUUUCGAGUUUGCGUCCCCUUCCUGCGAUUACAAUCGACGAGGUUGCUUCUGUGUUUGAAGCAGCAUUAUUGAUGAAACAAAAGCGCACGGACGCGCUACUUGUCGUGGAUGAAGCUGGAGGCUUGAGUGGAAUCCUGACCGACACGGACAUUUGUCGUCGUGUACAGGCACUCAGCUUGAUUCCUGAGGAAGUGCCCGUUUGCAAUGUUAUGACUAGAGAUAUCAAGUACGUGUCUCCUAAUGACAGCGCAAUUGACGCGUUACUUUCGAUGCAAGAAGGACACUUUCGUCACCUACCAGUGGUUGACAAUGGUUCGAUCGCCGGCAUUUUGAACAUUGGCAAGUGUAUUUACGACGUGUCAAAGCGUCUCGAGUAUGCGAUGCAGUCGACGGAUCAGCUCAAGGCGUCGAUCGAGAAAAGCGGCAAGUCGUCAACGCUGCAGCAGCUGCUAGCUCCGAUGUUAGAAAAACUUUCGAAACCAACGCUGACAUCAAUUCUUAGUAGUGAAGCCCAAAGCAAUUCAACGCCAGCGCCGCGUCUACCCAUGUCAUCUCUCGUGAGUGAUGUAGUUAAAGCUAUGGCCACGACGAAGAAAGCUGCACUGAUCGUCGACAAUUUUAAUCCUAACAAACUUGUCGGGAUCUUUUCUCCGAAUGAAUUGGUGCUAAACGUCAUUGCUAAAGGACAUAAAGCUUCGGCGACGCACGUAGAAGAUGUGAUGAUGAACGACCCCGAGAUUGCUUUUCCAUCGACUUCGGUACUCGAUGGAUUGCACAUUAUGCACGAUUCGCGCAUUUUGAACCUGCCUGUACUUAAGGAUACAUCGAACGAACUGGUGGGAAUGGUUGAUGUGCUAGAUCUGAGUUACGGAACGAUUGAUGCCAUAUAUGGGGAAAAUCGUGAGCAAAUGCAAGAGUUCUGGAACACGACGCUGCAGCUAGACCAACCAUCGCAGCCAUCAGAGACUGACAAUCGUGAGCGAACAACGCUCCUGUCGCGGGCAGAACGAGAGGAAAGGAGUCGCACCGUUGCACAGCUGCGGCCAUCUAAGGUGUUGACGGUCUUGGAGACGACAACACUUGCCGAGCUGUCACGGACAAUGGGGCGCAACAAGAUGGACUGCGUCUUGGUUGUGUCGAAUGAAGGCAUGCUCAGCGGAAUAAUCACUGACACGGACCUGACGCGCCGCGUCGUAUCUGAGAAUAGACCAUUAAAUACAACAUUAGUAGGCGAUGUUAUGACGCGCGACCCUGUAUUUGUAUCCAUGGAUGAUCCGGCGAUUGAAGCACUGAUCUCCAUGCUUCAAGGCAAAUUUCGUCAUUUGCCGGUCGUCGAGCGCAACGGCCCUGUCGUAGGUAUCUUGAGCAUUGCAAAGUGUUUGUAUGAUGCUAUUCGUAAGAUGGAAAAGUCGGAACAAUCGUCGGCUGCUCUGCGCCAAACGCUGAAGAAGGAGAUGAAUAUUCGUGCGAAUGGCAAUGCACGUGCUGAUGGCGUCUCGCAGCUUCUCGGAUCGAUGGUAAAUAAAAUGUUUUCACCCGACAUUCAGACUGUUAUCAAUGAAGAAGGCGUCGAACCGCCUCAUGUUCAGCAGUAUACGUCUGUUUUUGAGGUGGCCAAGCAGAUGGCAAGCACUAAAAAAGGUGCACUAGUCGUAAACAAUCGUGGACAGUAUUGUGGUAUUUUUACGCCAAAAGAAAUGCUCGAGAAAGUGCUAGCACGUGGUCUGCCCGUCCACACGACACCAGUAUGCGAAGUAAUGCUUGACAAAGAUGUGAGGAUAACGGGAGCGACGUCAGUGAUUGACGCAAUGCACAUCAUGCACGAUCAAAAGACGCUGUACCUAGCUGUGAUGCAAACUGAGACAAGCAAGCAGCCCACUGGUCUUAUUGAUGUAUUAUCGUUAAGCUAUGGAUCAUUUGCAAAAGGCAAGCCAAGUGAAUGGAAAUCAUUUUGGAAUGCGUCAUUUGAGGCCGCUGAAGACGACGACGCGUCGUCACAGCACAGUUUCCGUAGUGGAUUCUCUCACAGCGUUGCACCAAGCAGCAGUGGCUUGAGUCAAAAGGGCCGUCAAGCGAAUUUGGCGACGGGAGAUGUGCGUCCAGUGUCAAAGCUGCGUCCUUCCAAAGCAAUCACGAUCUCCGAGACCUUCACAGUUGCAGAUGCUGCUCAGAAGAUGAGUAUCACGCAGACAGAUGCGGCUCUAGUUAUCGGACGUGAUGGUGCACUGCUCGGAAUCUUAACGGAUACCGAUGUAACCCGGCGUGUGGUGGCGCUGGGAAAUGAUCCAUUUUACGUCAGUGUGAUGGAUGCAAUGACUCCAAACCCGAAAUUUGUUGACGAACGCGACAGCGCAAUGGAUGCCAUGUUUAUGAUGCUGGAAGGAAAAUUUCGUCAUCUGCCGGUCGUGGACGCAACGGGAAUGGUAUCCGGUAUGCUUCGAAUCCAGAAAUGCCUGUAUGACGCCAUUACUCGCAUCGAAAAGGUGCAACAGUCGUCUAGUGGCUCGCUUCGACAGCGCCUGGAGAAACAGUUACACGUCACUGGUAUCGGCAAUGGCCAGGGAGCUUUAAAGCAGCUUGUUGGCCCGAUGGUGGAGAAGCUGCUAUCACCAACGGUGGACACCAUUCUUGAAGAUGAGACACUGCCGCCGCUCGUAAGUGAACAUGAUACAGUGAUGGAAGUGGCGCGUCAGAUGGCUGCGUCUCGUAAAGCUGCACUGAUUGUAGAGGAUCCAAUUAAUGACUCGAGUUCGUCAGUGAGUGGCGGUCGUCGAUCGUCGUUUAGUGGGGGAGGCUAUGACAUCGGAACAUCUGCGCUGACUAGAAAAGUUUUAGGAGUCUUUACGCCCAAGGAUCUGCUACUACGUGUGACUGGCGCAGGUCUUGACGCCGCUGAAACGACUGUGGGCCAGGUGAUGACACCAAACCCUGAAACGGCUCCACCUAACACGAAACUUGUUGAAGCGCUGCAUAUAAUGUACGAGCAGAACUUUUUGCACUUGCCGGUUGUCAAUCAAGAAACGGCCACGAUUGUAGGCAUGCUGGAUGUCCUGUCGCUAUGUUACGGCACAUUUGCGAGCGGCGCUGCAGCCAUAGACGAGGACUCGGACUGGCGCGCGUUCUGGGACGUCUCACUGGCGCUUGGUCAUGACGAAGAUGACUUUAGUGAGCUGGCCAGCUUGACUGGCUCGCGCGUGUCUCGCCGCCGACCAGGCAAGUAUACGGAGAGUCACCACUCGUCCAUGAUUGAUCGCGAUAAUCCUGAACCGGAGGGUGCAAUGCGUCCCGUCUCGAUGCUUCGCCCACAGCAAGUCACGCGUAUCAACGAAUUUAUCACGGUAGCUGAAGCAGCCAAGCGUAUGCGGCAAGCACGCGUCGAGGCAGUGGUGGUUACGACCGAAGAAGGUGAAUUGCGUGGAAUUUUGACGGACACGGACAUUGUGCGGCGCGUGCUAGCUGAAGAGCUGGAUCCAGAGAGCUGUUCCGUCGCUUCUGUGAUGACGAAGAAACCCAUGUGCGUGUACAUGGAAGAUCAGGCCAUCGAAGCCAUCACAAAGAUGCUGGAAGGUCGAUUUAAGCAUUUGCCGGUUCUCGGCUCGGACGGCACUCCUCAAGGCAUGCUGGAUAUCUCCAAGUGUCUAUACGACGCCAUAGCGUGUAUGGAAAAGGUGCAGCAGUCCACUGAAGCAGCGGCGUCACAAUUCUCACGAGAUCUUGAAACAGGCUCGAAUCUGAAGCGAUUACUGGGUCCAAUGAUGGAAAAAAUGGUACGACCGACAGUAGGAGACGCACUGGACGGCGAGCUAAUGCCGCCAGUGAUUACCAUUCAUACGACUGCAGCACGUGCAGCGAAGCUGAUGGCAAAUACAAAGAAAGCGGCGAUAGUCUUGGGUGACGAGCAAGAAUUGUGCGGUAUGGUGACAACGAAAGAUUUGCUCCGUAAAUUGGUAGCCAAGGGCUUGUACGCUGAUACCACGACGGUUGAAGAAGUGAUGACAGUAGAUCCAGAUCUAAUGGGCCCGAACAUGAGCAUUGUAGAUGGUUUACGUGCAUUGCACGGUGCAGGUCAACUUUUUAUGCCCGUAUUGGCCGACGAUGGUGAGAUUCUGGGCAUGGCAGACGUCAUUUGCUUGAGCUAUGGUCAAUUUCAGACGACAUCUGGUGGCACUUCUAACGGUGACUGGAGAAAGUUCUGGCAGACAGCAAUGAAUCUUCAGGAAGAAGUGGCUGGCGGUGCAUUUGGCGAAGUAAAUGACGAUGUACGAUCUAUUGGUACGAUCGAAGAAUUCGAGCGUGACGAGUUCAAUGGUAAUGGCAGCGUGUCAACUCCGACGGCAAGUGCUGUGGGUCUUGGUGCUGGUCGGUAUUCCAACUCGCUCGGUGCAUACGCAGAACUCGGUGAGAGUGUGUCUGUUGUGAGUGGCGCAAAUACAGCCGCGACUAGCAAUUUAAUGCAGAAAACUAUGGACGAAAACAUGUUUGUAUUUAAAGUGAGCGAUGGUUCUCAAGGUCAUUUCCAUCGCAUCAUGUGUCGCUUUACCUCAAUGGGUCCGCUAUUAGAACAAAUUCGAUUUAAAAUGGGAAUGGACGACAAUGAAGCCCUGCGUCUUAAAUAUGAAGAUGAUGAAGGAGAUUUGGCAGUUUUGACAUCAGACGAGAGUCUUGUGGAAGCCGUGCACAUGGCCCAGCGUGCGGGUUGGAAGCGUCUGGUCCUCGUCGUUGAUGUGGUCAAUCGUUCUCAUGAUGGUAAUGGCAGUGUCGUGUCUAUGGCUAAUUCGAGUGCAAGCAAUACUGCAAGUAGCGUGAAUGUUGGUGGAGCCAAGGCGCGUAGUCAAAUUCUUACGAAAGUGGAUGAAAUGUCGUCAGAUAGUAGUGACGAAAGUAGUGACGAAGAAAUUGUAAGGAAGAAAAGCAAAAAAUCCCGUCGCAAACGUGAGCAAAAGAACCCAACGGGUUUAAUAGCAGGAGGCGCAACUUUAGUUGUGGGUCUUGGAGCUCUAGCUCUUAUGUUUAUGCGACGGAAGUAA